AUGGCAGACACGGCAGAUGAAGCAGCGACAUCUGUGUCGGAACCCCUCGAUCUAGUCCGAUUGUCGCUCGACGAAAUCGUGUUUGUUCGACUACGAGGAGAUCGUGAACUCAAAGGAAGACUACAUGCCUACGACAGUCAUUGCAACCUGGUUCUAGGAGAAGUCGAGGAAACAAUAUUCUCAAUUGACGAAGACGAGGAUGGAGAAGAGUCAGUAAAGACAACGAAAAAGCAAUCAGACAUGCUAUUCGUAAGAGGGGAUUCUGUUGUUCUCAUCUCGCCCCAACCGGAGUCAUGA